AUCACAGAAUAAAUUAAAUUAAAAAUAUGAAAUAUUUAUAAUUUAUUACAGUCAACCACGAAUUAAGAUAUUAUACUAUAUCUAAAUUCUAAGUAUCUUAAUGCUUGCAGUGUACAGACUACAAUAGGACGUAGGCGCAUAGCUCGAAUUAAGAUGUAGUCGCUUUGUCAUUGGAAUUUAUGUUUAGGAGUAAAGUACCUAACUGUUGAUGAUAAACUAUUGUUUGACUAACCAAUUUGACUUUUAUAAGAUAUGGUUGAAAUAAAACCCAAAGAGUAUUGGCCGAUUGUCUAUAGAAAAGAGUACAAUGUUACAUUUUUUGGUCUUGAAAAUUUACAUCCAUUUGAUUCGAAAAAAUGGGCACACAUUUACAAAAUAUUAAAAAAUACUUUGGGCUUAAAUCAAAGUAACAUCUAUGUUCCCGAUGAAAUUACCAAUGAUGAACUACUUACGAUUCAUGAUGAAAAAUAUCUUAAAAGUUUGAAAUGGAGUUGUGUUGCUGCACGUAUAUCAGAAAUUCCCGUGGUUGCCUUAUUUCCUAAUUUUUUGGUUCAAAGACAAUAUUUAAGGCCCAUUAGAUUUCUUAGAUUUCAGGUUGGAGGUACAAGGUUAGCUGGAAAAAUAGCUCGAAAGGAAGGAGUUGCCAUUAAUUUAGGAGGAGGUUUUCAUCAUUGUAGUAAAAAAUGUGGUGGAGGGUUUUGUCCAUAUGCUGAUAUAUCAUUGAUUGUGAAUGAUGCAUUACAAGAAAAUGACUGUAAAUUGGUGAUGAUUAUUGAUUUAGAUGCUCACCAGGGUAAUGGAUACGAAAGAGAUUUUAUUGGCAACUCAAAAGUAUUUAUUAUUGAUGUAUUUAAUAAAAAUAUAUACCCAAAAGAUACAUAUGCAGAAACUGCCAUUUCAAGGGCUGUGAAACUAGAUUGCUUUAUACAAGAUUAUGAAUAUUUAACCACUGUUGAAAGUGCUUUGAUUGAAUCACUCCUAAAAGUUAAACCAGACUUCAUAAUUUAUAAUGCUGGCACAGACAUUUUAAAAGGAGAUAAGUUGGGAUUGCUCUCUAUUACUCCAGAGGGAAUAAUACAAAGAGAUGAAAUGGUGUUCAAAUUAGCUCAACAAAAUAAUAUUCCUUUAGUUAUGUUGACGUCCGGUGGCUAUCAUAAGUCAACUGCGAACAUCAUAGCAGCGUCAUUGCAGAAUCUAGUACAACAAGGGCUAGUUAAACCAUCUCAAGUAGAAUAAUACGAAUUUAUAAGCGUAAAAUAUAAGUUCUAUCUACUGUUAUUAUUCUAAUAAAUAAUAAAAAGCAUUCUGAAAAUGUAUAGUACAAUAAGAAGAAUGCUGCUCACUGCUCAGUAUCUGUCAUAGAAAAAUAUAAAGGAGUAUACCUAUAUAGCCACCUACAAUGUAAUAACAAAUGAGAAGUAAUAAUAAUAUAAGCACAUUGCACAUUGAAUAUAACGGACUUCGUUAUUCUAAUAGUUAAUUAAUAGAAAAUUAUUUUUUAAACAUAACUUGAUGGUAAACAAUCAUUUUAAUUUAAGUAGGUACCUUCAGAUAUUAUUUAUCGUAACUAUUUUUUAAAACGUUAGUUUAACAUUCUGAGCGGAGAAUAUUAAUGUAUUGGUUUAACAAUAAUCUCUGUGUGUACGUAUGUUUUGUUAUUGUGAGACCUUACAUUUAGGAUCAAUCUAUGAAAAAUAUGCUUCAAUUUUCAAAGUUGAGGUCGGUUUCUUGUAGACAGAACUAUUUGGUAUACUGUGGGGGACGGGAGUAAAGUCUUAUAAGAAGACAAUUCUCAGUACUUUUCAUGAUAAUUAAAGGGGAAAAAAUACGGAAAACGAGCAUAUUGUCCACCACUGUGCAUUAUAUACUUAUAACCUACCUAUAAUAACUAAUAAAUUAAAAUAGGAAAUUAAACACGACAUUUUUAAUUUUUGCACAACUCAACAGUUAUUUACACAAAUACAUAUAUAUUGUAAGAAUAUUUUUUUCAAGUUCACUUUGCCUGAGAGAAUUGUAAAAAUUUUUUGGGCUUAAAAAAAAAUCAAAGAACAUGGCUAUUUCGUAUUCUUUUAUUAACACGAAUACGAAAAAUAAAACAAUUAAUCUCAUAAAUUAUUUUUCAUUCAAGAGUUGAGAGUGAAUAAAAUCAAAUUCUGUUUUCCUAAAACCUAAAUAAAUGUCUGUGAUAUUUUAUCGAUUGCUCACCACAUCACUCUUAUGCAAGUCAGGUACCGUUAUUUUUUACCUACCUAUCAACAAAUUUAACAUUAUAUUAUAGCUGUUUAUCAUAAAUCAUAAUUUAUUUGUAUGUGACCGGCAUUGAAAAUAUUUUU